UUCUCGACGAUACUCUUGUUCGUUUUAACGGUUUAACCGAAAGAAACAAAACUCGAUGGUAGAACGAUUCGCAUUUUAUUUGUGUUCUCAUUUAACCAUUUAAUUUUCCAAUGUUUUAUUCACACGAGCUCCUCUCUCUUCGACGAAGGGGUAAAUUUGCGCGAUGCUGGUUGGCCGCGACUAUCAGCGAGAAAAUAUUUAAAAAAACUGUAAAUCAAAAGACGCUUGAGAAGAUUAAAGUAGCUUAUCUCUGUGAGGAGAUCUUGUCAGCGAUCGAGGUACGCGGUGACAGGAUCCAUUACAGAAUGAGUCUUUACCUUGUCUCCCAGUUAAUGUACGGCGCGACGAAAAUACUGUUUUAUCAAACACAACUUCUUCAAGAUUUUUUAUUUGGACAAACCUCAAGCUUGUCACAUAAGAAAAGGGAUAAUGAUGAGUUUACUUUAGAAAUGGCUUUAAAUGAACCAAAUGAUCCUCCUACAAGGCAGAUGAUCAAUGAUCAUGUAUCACGAAAAUUGCAUCUCAUCACAGAAAAACCUUACUCUUUCGUUAUGAACCACUUGAUACAAGAUGAAACGAAUUUCGGAGUAAUGACUGAUUUUGACCUGGAGAAUUUUAUGUUACCUGAAGAAGAAGACCAGUUCCUGAACGAAAUACGAAAAAUUGAUCAGAGACAGUCACAACAAAUUAAUGAUAGCAUUGUUGAUAUACGUGACAUCGAAUUUAUCGAGUCUAAAAAAGGUCACGGAGAUAGUUUUUCUAAACAGGAUCAAAGAGAGUUUUUGGUGAUCCAUGAUGACCAAUUCAAAAAACCAGUUCCUGGAACUCCUAAAAAAAGGGCUUCAAAAUCUCUUCCUGGAACUCCUUCAAAGAAAAGAAAGAUUAGUUCUAAAGAACUUACACCUCCACAUACAUCUGUGGAAGUACCAGUUGUAGAUGUACACGAACUACAAUCUGGAGAAGUAGUUCCACCUCCACAUACAUGCCAGGAAGUACCACUUGUAGAUGAACUACAACCUGCAGAAGUAAUUGCACAGAGGCUUGAACCUAUACAAGUAACAGAUCUUGAAUUGCAACCUUUUAUUCAUGAACAUGUAGAAUUAACAGGGGAUACAAGAAAAAGAAGAAUUAGAAAGAAACUUUACGAUAAAGAAACUAUGUUAAGCAAUAACGUAUUACGAAACGCGAUUGGAAAUGUUGCUAUUCAUACAGUGGAACAUUAUUCGCAUAUUCCUAAUAACGCUCUAUCAGCUAAGAAAUAUUUAACACAGCCUGCAUUAAAAUUCUUAAACAGACCAUGGGCAGAAAUUUUGAUCAAACUUUUCGAACGUCAUCUUGUAAUACCUUCAGUCACCCAAAAUGAAUUUUCGAAUCUUCAAAUUGACGAAACAGAACUGAAUGAAACUCUACGUCCGGAUCCGACGAGUAAAUUGGACAUUCAAGAGGUUGAAAUAUCGAGUAAACUUGCAAUAAUCGAGCCAAAUGAUCAUUCUAAGACAAUAAACAAAACACAACCUCGAGCCUCACUACCGCACAACCUCCCUAUCGCGCUUACGCACUCAGCAUAUGUGCCCGGAGAGCAACAGCAAGAGGAGAUCACUGGAGUUCCUCCAGAAGAGGUUACAUUUCCAGAAAUUCCAGCUCUUGAAGAGAAAGUGAGUGAAACCACCAAAGAAUUGGAAAUACAAUUAAAUGGGAGAAAACCACCAAGUAGUACAUCAGGAUCCAUUUCUAGUUAUAGGGUAUCUUUAACAAAAGCAGAAUUCCAAGCAUUGUUAGAAGUCCACUGGCAUCAAAGGAUCAUACCAAAAUUUCACGAUAUAAUUUCACCCGACAAUUACAACAAAUUGGAUGCCUCACAUGCGUUCCUAUACUGUUUGGAACUACAUGCGGAAAAGGUUGUAGUUUUGGAACAGACAAAACCCUACGACACAAUUUCUAUUCAAAGAUAUCCUUGCCACACUUCAGGAACUAGCGACGAAAAUUGUGAAGAUUUACUAUAAAUUCGCAGUAGUUAAGUAUGUAUGCAUAUAUCAAUUACUAAGGACAGUUUAUGAAAUACUUUCUAUGAAUUUACUUUUAUAUUUAACCUAUGAUAUAUUAUAUAUUAUAUAACAUAAAUGUCUGUUAGUAAUAAGACAUG